CGAAUUUUCACAGUUGUCAAUUUUGUUGUUCAAAUUAAAAAGUAGACUUAGUUCUUUUAUUUGCCUAAUUGACCACUAUCAAUAACAAACAGCCCGUCAUGUACAGUUUCGGUUUGAAUGUUGCUCGUACUGCAGGUUUUAGCAGAAACUAUGCCACUCUGAGAGAAAUUGAAACCAGAUUGAAAUCCAUUAAAAACAUCGAAAAGAUUACCAACACAAUGAAGGUUGUGGCUUCUACGAGAAUGGGAAGAGCACAACGAGCAAUGGCAUCUUCAAGAGCAUUCCGUGAGGGUGACUCUGAUUUUUUUGCAACAGCAGAAACUUCUACUCCUGAGACAGCAGAGAAGACUCUUAUUAUCGCAGUCUCUUCAGACAAAGGCUUAUGUGGAUCCAUCCAUUCACAAAUUGCAAAGGCCACUAGAGCCAAGUUGCAAGAGACUCCGAAUGCCGAUGUCGUCACAAUUGGUGAUAAAAUUAAAGCUCAAAUGCUCAGAACACAUUCAAGCAAUGUUGUCUUAUCUUUCAAUGGUGUUGGAAAAGAGGCGCCUACUUUCUGGGAGGCUUCUUUGAUUGCUGAUGAGAUUCGUAAGCUGGGUGACUAUGAUAAAAUCGAGGUCAUGUACAACAAAUUUGUUUCUGGUGUUGCUUUUGAGCCUUCUGUGUUCCCAUCAUUCUCCCCUAUCUCAAUUGAAGAGUCCCCAAAACUGUCAGAGUUCGAAUUAGAGGAAGAUCAGGCAAUUCCAACCUCUCUUUCUCAAAUAUCAUUGACUAACGCGAUUCUCAAUGCAAUGGCAGAAGGAUAUGCGUCUGAGAUCUCGGCCAGAAGAAAUGCGAUGGACAAUGCCUCUAAAAACGCUGGCGAAAUGAUCAACAAGUAUUCUAUCCUGUACAACAGAACAAGACAGGCUGUGAUUACUAACGAAUUGGUCGACAUUAUCACUGGUGCUUCAUCGCUCGACUAGAGUUCUGAACGAGCCAAGUAACGUCCAAGACCAUGAACGAGUUAAGAAGACAGUAUAUUUCUAUCUUUAGUACCUACAAUGAUUACAAAACUACACAAUUGAUGAUUUAUUUUUCUUCGAUAGACGAAUAGACUUCAAUUGUAAGACUUUUUAGAAUUCUGGAAUAUACUUGGUAUUUGGUAGGCUACUAGGUAGGUAAUAC